AUGUCAACAUUUAAUGACGAUAACGCCCGUGUGGAAAUUAAAAGCAAAUUCGAAACCGAAUUCAGGAGAUUCAGUUUGGAGAAAAAUAAAACGAUAAAGUUCACAGAAUUUCAUAAUUUACUGGAAAACCUACAUAAAUUAAAGGAAAUAGCGUUUGCAAUUUAUUACAUAGACUUAAAAGAUGAAGACUUGUUACCCAUCACCAACGAUGAAAACCUUGCCGUCGCCUUGAAUCACUCCAAACCCUUGUUACGAUUGGUGAUACAGAGAAAAGGAGAAGGUUGUGAGGAAUACACUAACUAUGGAACGAUAAAAAGAAGAAAUUUAAUAGCCACAGUAUUAGGUACACCUUUUAAACAGAAGCCUCUCUCCAUUUCUAGCCCCCACAAUUUUAGACAAGUUUCUUCAAUUAUAGACGUGGAUAUAGUACCGGCUACUUGCAGGAGGGUACGACUUGUCAAAAAAGGUUCUGAUAAACCUCUAGGCUUCUACAUACGAGACGGUGCCAGUCUUAAGGCUACAAGCAACGGAUUAGAGAGGAUACCAGGCAUUUUUAUAUCUCGUUUGAUAAAUGGUGGUUUGGCCGAAUCUUCUGGCUUGCUUGCAGUUAACGACGAAGUGUUAGAGGUCAACGGUAUCGAAGUAGCUGACAAAACACUGGAUCAAGUCACUGAUAUGAUGUUGGCUAAUAGGGAUAAUCUCAUAAUUACUGUCAAGCCAGCAAAUCAACGAACAGUUGGCACAAUGAAUAGGGGUAGUUUUACAAGAAAGUCACAAAAAAGUAACGGAUCGCAUCAAAGUUGUAGUUCGGAUGAACUGGACGAAAUUGUCGAUAUGACCAAACAAUAUUUGGACAUGUAUAAUUCUAAGAAUGACACAAUUUUGCGUCUGUAA